ACCACCGUCCCUGGAUGGUAGGUGAGGGUAUUAGACACAGUGCCAUGCUGGAGAAGCAGCUUUCAGAAGCCUGGAUCCAGGAGGGCCUUGGACCGCCCGUCCACAGUGCCCGGUGUUGAGAUUCUCUGUGGCUCCAGGCCCUGGUCCUGGGCUUACGGCAGGCAGGCAGGCCUCCUUUACUCCCAGGACACUUCUGCUUCCCUCUGCUCUGUUCCGUAAUAGGCCAAUCAGAAGGCAGACCAGCAGGGGCUGUCCUCCUGUGGGAGGACCGGCUGGCCUGUGGCCUCAACCAGAACACAGCAGGAAGUACACAGCCUCCCUCCUGGCUCCACCCUUCUCCAGUCAGGGAGCAUCUCCACACUCCCAGAGACCCAUAGCCCAGGCAGCAGCCAGCUGGCAGGUGGCUCCCACAAGACCCUGAGACUGACUGCUCCAGGCCAGCAGGCAACAGGAGGUGGGCACUUCCUCAGCUGCUCUCCCCAGGGAACCUACAGAGGACAUGUCAGACUAUGAGAACGACGACGAGUGCUGGAGUGCCCUGGAGAGCUUCCGGGUGAAGCUCAUCUCUGUUAUUGACCCCUCACGGAUCACACCCUAUCUGCGCCAGUGCAAGGUUCUGAACCCGGAUGAUGAGGAGCAGGUGCUCAGUGACCCCAACCUGGUCAUCCGCAAGCGGAAAGUGGGUGUGCUCCUGGACAUCCUGCAGCGGACAGGCCACAAGGGCUACGUAGCCUUCCUCGAGAGUCUGGAACUCUACUACCCUCAGCUCUACAGGAAAGUCACGGGCAAGGAGCCAGCACGGGUCUUCUCCAUGAUCAUUGAUGCCUCAGGGGAAUCGGGCCUGACGCAGCUGCUGAUGACAGAGGUCAUGAAGCUGCAGAAGAAGGUGCAGGACCUGACGGCCCUUCUGAGCUCCAAGGACGACUUCAUCAAGGAGCUGCGGGUGAAGGACAGCCUCCUUCGAAAGCACCAGGAGCGUGUGCAGCGCCUCAAGGAAGAGUGCGAGCUGAGCAGCCGGGAGCUGAAGCGCUGCAAGGACGAGAACUACGACCUGGCCAUGCGCCUCACGCACCUGAGUGAAGAGAAGGCCUCGGCGCUCAUGCGGAACCGGGACCUGCAGCUCGAGGUGGACCGGCUCAGGCACAGCCUCAUGAAGGCGGAGGAUGAUUGCAAGGUGGAGCGUAAACACACACUGAAGCUCAGGCAUGCCAUGGAGCAGCGGCCUAGCCAGGAGCUGCUGUGGGAGCUGCAGCAGGAAAAGGACUUGCUGCAGGCCCGAGUGCAAGAGCUGGAGGUCUCGGUCCAGGAGGGGAAGCUGGACCGGAACAGCCCCUACAUUCAAGUUCUCGAGGAGGACUGGCGCCAGGCACUGAAGGAGCACCAGGAACAGGCCAACACCAUCUUCUCCCUGCGCAAGGACCUCCGCCAGGCUGAGGCCCUCCGGACCCGGUGCAUGGAGGAAAGGGAGAUGUUCGAGCUGCAGUGUCUGGCCUUGCGCAAGGAUGCCAAGAUGUACAAGGAGCGGAUCGAGGCUAUCCUGCAGCAGAUGGAGGAGGUCUCCAUUGAGCGGGACCAGGCUAUGGCCUCGAGGGAAGAGCUGCAUGCCCAGUGUGCUCAGAGCUUCCAGGACAAAGAUGAGCUCCGAAAGCAGGUUCGAGAGCUGGGUGAGAAGGCAGACGAGUUGCAGCUGCAGCUGUUCCAGAGUGAGGGCCGGUUGCUGGCUGCCGAGGGCCGACUCAAACAGCAGCAGCUGGACAUGCUCAUCCUGAGCUCUGACUUGGAGGACAGUUCCCCUAGGAACUCCCAGGAGCUCUCACUGCCUCAGGACCUGGAGGAGGACGCCCAGCUCUCAGACAGAGGUGAGGAGGUGGGGGUGCCAUGUCCUGCCAGAGCCUGCCCUAGCCCAGAGGCACCUGGCCCUCAUCUCCUGGCCUCCCAGAAACCUGGCCCAUCCUCAGCACACAAAGCUGUGUGACUUACUCUGUCUCAGAGGUCACACCACUCCAAGGAUAGAGAAACUGAGGCAGAGAGUGGCAUCGGUGAAGGGCUAAAUUAUUAGGCUGACACACACAGAGAAUAAGGCAUCUGAAUUGAACACAGGGCUUAGGUCUCAGGGCCUGUGGCUCAGGGCAGUGAGUGUGGAGCCCCCGCCCUGCCUAGGCCCACCUUUCCCCGCCAGCCUCCCCCCUGCAGAGAGAUCUCCGAGCCAGUACCCAGGUGUGUUCAAAGAGGAAGGAAGGGGUGGCGCCAUGGACAGAGCAGCAGGAGAUGGGGUUGUGUGCUAUCCACAGCAGCGGGCCGCCAGGACCCCGCUCCGGUCUGACUGCUGGCUCAUUAGUCCUGGAGAUGGCAGCUGGGGAGAACAGUGUCCUGAAGUAGCUGGAGGUGGGAGGUGGGGGGUCUGGUGCAGGGAGGAGCCCCGAGAGCUGUCGUGAGAAGUCCAGCAGACUUCCUCAGCUCAGCCUUACCCCGGGCUCUAACCAAAGGCAAAAGAGGAACAAGUGCUGACGGAGAAGUGUGGAGGCGGGUCACCACGGCAGCCCCCAAGACCCGACUCUGAGCCACAGAGCUCCAUGUGGGCACAAAAGGAGGAGAACCCGAGAACAGCCAGCUCCCCGAAAGCCAUGCCAGGAGCUAGGCAUCCUGAAAUUAGAGUGGUAGUGGGUAGGUCUGUUGGCUGCUCUCAUACUGAGUCCUCCUUGGAUAGAACUGUUUCUUGAUGUUCAUAGCCCUCCCCGGACACCUGCCUGGAGGCUUGAGCCUUGGUCUGCCCAGGACCUUGGGCAUUCCUACUGCUCCUGGUCUAACUAAUAUAGAGUUCUUGCUCUCACCUCCAGAGGCCCUGAGCUCUCCACUAAGGCUGCUCCCACCCCACCCAUGGGAACCACUAGGCACAUAAAUGUCGCCAAGCCAACAGGGACAUGGCCUGGGGCAUGCGUGAGCAAACUGUCCUGGGGACCAGGAGUCUUUCCUGCCCCUCCACCCUUGUAUGUUUGGUGACAGCCUGGGAGGUGGGGGUGGGGGUGGUAGGAGCCCUCUUGAGAGCUCCUGGCAGCCACGGGCUGGCUCAGCCGGGCCCUGUCUGGGAACUGCUGUCUCCACUGGACUUCUGUGAGGAGCCCAGCCCAUAGGGCUGGCCUGGGCUAGUGCUAGUUAGACUGUUAGCCAGAGGGGAGGUGGUGGCCAUGCUG